AUGUACGACGAGGAGGAUGAAGGUGAUUUAAUGGUGAUCGCGGAGGUCGUGGCGGUGGACGAGGUGGGUUCGGUGGUGAUCGCGGAGGUCGCGGUGGAGGACGAGGUGGCUUCGGCGGAGGUCGUGGUGGUGGACGUGGCGGCUUCGGUGGUGACCGCGGAGGUCGCGGCGGAGGACGUGGUGGCUUCGGCGGUGAUCGCGGACGUGGUGGCGGACGAGGUGCUCCCCGCGGCCGUGGCGCUCCCGGUGGCCGAGCCUCACCGUCACCCCGGUAUCUUCGUCGCAGAGGGCAAGGAGAUGCUCCUCGUCACCAAGAACAUCGCUCCCGGCGAGUCAGUCUACGGCGAGAAGCGCAUCUCUGUCGAGACUCCCGGUGCCGGCGCUGAUGGCACCACUGCCAAGACCGAAUACCGUGUCUGGAACCCUUUCCGAUCCAAGCUUGCAGCCGGUGUCCUCGGUGGUCUCGACAAUAUUCACAUCGCACCCGGCAAGAAGGUGCUCUACCUCGGCGCUGCCAGCGGUACCUCGGUUUCGCACGUUGCCGAUCUCGUAGGCCCCGAAGGUAUCGUCUACGCCGUCGAGUUCUCGCACCGAUCUGGUCGUGAUCUCAUCAACAUGGCCAAGAAGCGCACCAACGUCAUCCCCAUCGUCGAGGACGCCCGACACCCGCACAAGUACCGCAUGCUCGUCGGCACCGUCGACGUCAUCUUUGCCGACGUUGCCCAGCCAGACCAGGCCCGUAUCGUAGCUCACAACGCCGAGUCCUUCCUCAAGAACGAGGGUCACGCACUCAUCUCGAUCAAGGCCAGCUGUAUCGACUCGACAGCACCCGCCGAGGCCGUCUUCGCCGCCGAGGUCAACAAGUUGAAAGGCAUGAAGUUCAAGCCACGCGAACAGCUCACCCUCGAGCCAUACGAGCGUGAUCACGCCAUGCUCGUCGCUCAAUACCAGCGACACAAGGCAUGA